AUGACGGUGGUUUGGAGUAAGCUGCAGAGAGUGACAGUGCCUAAGGAUUGCUUUCCUAGGGGACGGCCCGGCCUGCACGAACGGAGCGCCUGGAUUUCCCCCGCGUUCUCGGCAGUCAGCAAGUGCUCGGGGCGGAGGCGGUGGUACUGGGAGUGUGGGAUACCUUUCCCGAUCCAGGUAUUUUCGCCCGGGACUUCUCCAAGCCAGACGCCGGUAAAGGCGCAGGAGCCGGCCACCUGCCGGAGAGGUUCGAGGGGCGCAGCACGGGGCAGCAGCGACGCGCUCCGCCCGGCGGGCGUCCUGGAGGUGGUGGCGCGGGCCUGCAGGCGGGGCGGGGGAAGGGGAGGGCUCGGCGCGCGUCGGGCAGUGACGGCAGCGCGGAGGGGAGGUGCGAAGCGCCCGCCCGCCGAGAGCCAUGGCGAGAGGCCGCGCCGCGGCGCCCGCAUCAGUGCCCGGGUCCACAGCAGCGCCCCCGCCCGCCGCCCCGGGGCCCACCAGGCCGCCGCCCCCGCGUGCCCCCGAGCCUCUGACGGCCGCGCGCAACGAGUGAGGCGCCCCGGGAGAGGGGCCGCGCGCGGGAGGGCGGCGCAGGAGGGAGCGCGGGGGACCCGGAGCGCCCCGACGAGCCCCGCGUCCCAGAACCCGGGACCCCGAGCCCGGGAGCGCCGAGUCGGUGGGAGGGCAGCCGAAAGAGGAGGAGGCGCCCCAGCCGAGCCCGCCGCGUGCGCCCCGGUGCCGCCCGGCCGGCUGCUGUGGAGGGAACCGGAGCCGCCGGGCGGCCGGGACUGGGCCGAGGACAACGAGAAGGAGGCGGCCAGGAGAGCCGAUCGUUUGGGCAGCUCGGCGCCGGAGGCCCCCGGGAUCGCGCCUGCUACGGGGCCGCGCUCCGUGCGCCUCUCGAGGGUUCCCCGUAAGGAGCCGCUGCCACUGUGCCAGACCUCCUGGGGGCUGUCUGCCCGACUGCCCCAGACUCCGGCAGCGGGUCCGCCGAUGGCAGUGGGCACCUCCCCGUGAAACCUGCCAAGCUGGACGCCAC